AUGUCGACCGAUAAGCCUAGCCCCGCCCAGGCUAGUGGGAACACAUCAAGCGACUUUGUGAGUAUCGACUUCUCUCUCUUCUCUCUUGCGGCUGCCGCUUUGGCGGUUCGCAAGCUCUAUCGAAUGUUGGAGGAGCCCGAGUACGAAGACAUCGUUCGAUGGGGCCGAGACGGAGACUCCUUUGUCGUUCUCGAGUCCGACGCCCUGAUGAUGGGAGCCAAGGUUACGGCCCAAACGAUCGAUGCCAAGGAUAGCUUGGAUAUGAUCCGGCGCAAGGCUCCAUCUACGAAGAAGACGCAGCAGCAGCAGCGCCAGCCGACGCAGACUCCCACGGGCGAUCAGAGCGACAACCAGCGGCAAAUACAGAGUCUCACGGAAACCCUAUAUGCCCUACAAAAGCAAGUCGAGGAGUUGGCCCAGACGAACAAGCAGCUAGUGAGCGAGAUUGUAAAUCUCCAGAAGUCUACGGGAACCCAGAGACAUGCCCAGUACGAGAUCUUACACUAUCUCGAAAACUCCGCGAGACGAAAAUCACAAAAGAAAUCCGGACACUCCCCCGCCGCGCCGAUGGCGAACCGCGGGCAAGGCGACGAGCAGCAGCCUGUCGAGCUGCGCCGAGCUAGGGAAUUUUUGCUAACUCUCGGCCCGCCGCCCCCAAACGCAGACGGCGGCAUGGAGCGAUCGCAUACAAUAUACCCUUCGCCCGCCGAGUCAUCGACGUCAUCUGCCAUGUUCGUGGCAGCCCCAGAUAUGAACGCCAGUAUCGCCGUGAUGAACGAUGCAGUAGGAAUGCAGCGAAUGGGCAUGUAUCCUUCGGGCCAAACGUCAGCUCUCGACGCUUUCCAUGCGGAUCCCAUCCAAGCCAUGCCUUACCCGGUCGCUCAGAACACCGCCCUCGAAGCUGUGGCAUCUGGCGCUGUGUCAGACACGAGCCGAGUCGAUUCAUCACCACCAGCGGAAAAGUUCGACGAGUGGGGUCCUAGGAAGCCCCAUGUUUUCCUUGUGGAAGACGAUAAAAUUUGCUCCAAGAUUGGCACCAAGUUCCUCCGGAGUCUUGGUUGUACCGUGGAACUAGCGAAAGAUGGCUUGGAUGCCGUCAAGUUAUUCGAUAGCAAACCCGUGCCUAACUUUGAUCUCAUAUUUAUGGACAUCCUCAUGCCCCGUUUAGAUGGUGUGUCGGCAACAUCGCGCAUUAGAGAGUGGCUACCUCAGUGCCCAAUCGUGGCUAUGACUUCCAACAUCCGACAAGAGGACGUGUCAACAUAUUUUCAAUAUGGGAUGACGGAUGUAUUGGCCAAACCCUUCAUGCGAGAUGGAAUGCAGCGAAUGCUACGAAAGCAUCUCCGCCAUCUUCUCGCCCAACCCUCCCCACCAACCUCGGCGGUAGAUAACCCGUACGGAAACGUCCAGACCGGCGCGAGUCUAACCGCCACCGAGAUGUCCGGUCCCGACGCCGUCGCGCUAGCAACGGGCCACAUGACGAUGAAGUUCGAUAAUACGCCAAUGCAGUCGCCGUCGACGGCCCAAGGCCCAUCAUGGCACUCACCCAGCCCCAUGGCGAACCACUCCCCGACCAACAGCCCUCUCACCAUGGGCGGGCUGGCCGUGAAUGCGGGACAUCAGAUGGUAAUGGCGGCGACCCAGGCGGGCGGCCAGUAUGCUGGCUUUAUGACGUCGGCGAUGGGGCCCCCUGGGCAAGGGGGGAGAGAUGAUAGUAGGCCUGAGAAGAGACAGCGCAUUUCUGGCUCGUCAGGUUUGAUGAGGUAG